AGCUGUGUGCCUUGCCUGGACAGCCGGACCGUUGGACGGCCCGACUGGACGGCUGGAGCAAUGCAGGCCCCGCCUGCGUGGCUGAUGGCAAUGAUGGCGCGCAUGCCGGCGCCCCUCCAGCAGCGCGUUCAGGCGCUCCUGAUGCGGGCCAUGCAGGACAUGUACCUUCCGGCACUGGCCACAGUGCCUGUGGCGUGGUUCCUCGCCUACGUCCCGCAUUUCAUGAAGUUCGGGGUCAUCCUCAGCAAGCAGAGGGUCACGGAGUACAACAACCAGGACCCCCGCAGCACGGACUAUGCCCAGUUCGGGCCCUCGGAGAAGCUGAUCCGCCGGCUCUUGGCGUGCCACCAGAACGCCCUGGAGGGCUUCCCGGCCUUCGCCUUCGCCGUGCUGAUGUGCAAGAUGCAGAAGGUGAAACCGCUGGAGGCGUUCCAGCUCUGCCUGCGCUAUCUGAUCGCGAGAGUGCUGUAUAUUGCGUUCUACGCCGCUGGCACCAACGACGCCGUCGCCGCGCUGCGCAGCUUAGCGUGGAUGGACAGUUACGCGUCCAUCGCCCGGCUUUAUGGCAAGGCCCUCUCGGCCGCCCCGGCCAAGCGCUGAG